AUGCCAUCAUUUUUCUGCAUUCCACUAGCAUGUAAUCGACAAAUAGACUCGCUCGAUCGUCGGCAAAACAACCUUCAGGCUGUACCUCAUGAUAUUGAUCGUUAUCGCGGUCUCGAAGAGCUGCUAUUGGCGAUGAAUCAUAUCAAGGAGUUGCCAAAGACUCUUUUUCGGCUCACAAAGCUCCGUCUGCUGGAUUUGAGCGAUAAUGAUAUUUUCUGCGUUCCCCCUGAAAUCGCUUCAUUAUCCAACCUCGUAGAGCUGAAUCUUAGUAGAAAUGAUAUUUCCGAUUUACCUGAACAAUUAAAGGAAUGUAAAAUGCUCAUGAUUUUGGAUUUGAGUUCAAAUCCAAUCACGAGAUUGCCGGAAACAAUAGCCCAUUGUGUUUCACUGACUCAUCUUGGUUUGAAUGACGUGUCGUUAACUCAGCUUCCAGCUGAUAUAGGGCAGUUGGUCAAUCUUCGAUCAUUAGAAGCUCGCGAUAAUCUUAUCCGAUCACUGCCGACAAGUAUUACACAGUUGAAAAAUCUACAAGUAGUGGACCUUGGUCAGAAUGAACUCGAUCAGCUGCCAGCUGAAAUGGGUUGUUUGGAAUCAUUGCGAGAGUUAUACAUUGAUUCGAAUGAUUUGGAAACCCUCCCUGAGCAAAUCACGAAGUGUCGGCUUUUGGAACAGCUGGACGCAAGUGAGAAUCGACUCUGCACUUUGCCUGAAGAAUUUGGGGACCUAUCAGAGUUGACUGACGUCAAUCUUUCGGACAACGAAUUGCAAACGAUUCCAAAUUCAAUAGGACGUUUGAAGAAGCUCACUAUAUUGAAGCUUGACAAAAAUCACAUUCAUCAAUUGACGCAAUCAAUUGGGAGCUGUGAUCAGUUAACGGAGCUUUUUCUAACCCAUAAUUUAUUGCAGGAGCUGCCAUCGUCGAUUGGAAAUUUACGUAAUUUGAAGAAUUUGAACGUAGAUCAAAACAAACUCACUGCUCUACCAACAACGAUAGGUGGUUGCACAUCGCUGACGGUGUUAUCAUUAAGAGAGAAUGAAAUUACCGAAAUUCCCAUGGAUAUCGGGAAAUGUGAAAGGUUAACGGUACUUGAUUUGUGCAAUAAUCGGCUAAGCCAUCUGCCAUUCACUAUCAAUGUUCUGUUCAAACUUCAAGCGCUUUGGUUGAGUGAAAACCAAUCACAAGCAAUGUUGAAACUACAAGUUGAACGUGAUCCUCGUACUGGUGUAAAAGUGCUUUCAUGCUACUUGUUGCCACAGCUUAGUGCUCAUCCUCAGAAUGAUCGUUCUGGUCAAAAUCGAGCGUUUGUGGGCGGUCCCAAAGUGCACUUCCCCGAUCAAGAUGCCACGGUGGAUGAUGAGAAGCUGCCAAUUGGACAGUUUGAACGUCAUGACACACCUCAUCCGAAACCGCAAAAGCUGAAGAAGAGCAGCAUAGAUGGGCAUGUUAUUCACCAUGAUGGGCAGACUCCGAAUCAGCCGGUGACCUUAGCAUUAAGCAAGAAACCUGGAAGUAGCAUCGAUACCUCGCCAACCAGUGCUCCACAACCGGCUCCACGUUCUGCACUGAAGUUCCAAAGUGUUCCACCCACGGAGUACGAACCAGAACACAACGCUUCUGCCGUUCCUGUUCAUGAGACGCAGGUAGUGGACCGCGGGCAGUAUGUUGCAUUGAAUAGUGUGUCAACUGGCUUAUUGCUCUUUUUGAAUUUCAAUACUGCUUGA